UUUUCUGUAAGUUGGAAUAUGGAGCAACAUUUGGUCCAAUACUAUGCGUCCGUUCACACUGAGGCUCCUCUGUCUCCCCUGCGCCUCUCGCUUUAUUAAAUCCAACCGGAGGCGGCUGACGGUCGGUCGGACGGACGUGCGUCUGGACUGUGCUGGGAUUUGAACGUGUGACAAUUUGCUUUUUACAUUUUUUUUUUGAUUGCCCGCUGUAAAAGCCAAGAGUCGGUCCCCGGCGACGGUCACCGUAGCCUGUGUUGUGAUUAAGGGCAGCACGGGCAAGGUGUCACAGUUUAGAUCAUCAUGCCCUUUGCUCUGGCAGCAGGACAGGAAGUGUGUGUGUAAGCGCCCCUGGUUGGCUCUGCUGGGAUGAACAUGCCACUGCACCAAAUCUCUGUCAUCCCCCGUGAUGUCACCUCAUCGCGGGUGUCCGGCAGUGGGAAAGCUAAGGACAAGGACAAGCAGAAUGAAAAGCCUCUGGGUCAUUCUGCAAGCAGGUCCAGCAAUAUAUCAAAGGCGGGGAGCCCGACUUCAGUCAAUGCUCCAUGCAGUUUCUCCAGGACGUCGGUUUCCCCCUCCAGCCAGGACAUCUGCAGGAUUUGUCACUGUGAAGGGGAUGACGAGAGUCCUCUGAUCACACCAUGCCACUGCACAGGGAGCCUGCGCUUCGUCCACCAGUCCUGUCUACAGCAGUGGAUCAAGAGCUCCGACACUCGCUGCUGUGAGCUCUGUAAAUAUGAAUUCAUAAUGGAGACCAAGCUCAAACCACUGCGCAAGUGGGAGAAGCUACAGAUGACUGCAAGCGAGAGAAGGAAGAUCAUGUGUUCGGUCACCUUCCAUGUCAUCGCCAUCACCUGCGUGGUAUGGUCUCUCUACGUCCUCAUCGACAGAACAGCGGAGGAAAUCAAACAAGGGAUCCUGGAAUGGCCUUUCUGGACCAAGCUGGUGGUGGUGGCUAUCGGCUUUACGGGUGGACUAGUGUUCAUGUACGUCCAGUGCAAAGUCUACAUCCAUCUAUGGAGGAGACUCAAGGCUUACAACCGGGUCAUAUACGUCCAGAACCGGCCAGAGACGUGUAAAAAGCUGGCGCUGGAGAAGCCUCCUCUCAUGCAGCCAAAUCUGGAGAGCAAGGAAGCUCUGGCGCCCAACCAGUCGGACACAAACGCCUCCCAGUACACAGAGACAGAGGACUACAGCAUGGAGGUGCUCCAUGUCUGACCACUCAGUCCAUGCCAUUGGUUGUCCUACUUAUCCUACACACACACAAGCAGGCCCAUAGUGAAGAGCAGCCAUCAUGGAAAUGCUUGGUGACCGAGAAACGACCACACACUCCCCUUCUUCUGAUAUCAGACUGACCCACUGUCCUCCUCUGGUCAUCUUAUAUUUCCAAAACUCCAUCCACAGAGACUGACAGACCAGGACUAUUUUCUUGUAUCCACAUUCCUCCGAUCAUAUCCCUCCCUCCACCUGUACCCUCAAUCCACACUCCGCCUCUCAUAUUUCCCAGGACCGGACUGUUUUUACUGACUUCUGUAAAUGUCUGAAGAGGCCUGGAUCAUACCACUCUACAGAGAGAUACCACUCCACACACACACACACACACACACACACACACACACACACACACUCUCUUGUAUGUACACCUCUGGGAGAGCAGGACUGAGACAAAUGGACUCCCAAACCGCUCUGGAUGUCGACAUGUCUCUAAUGCGUGGUUUCUUUGCUUGUGUUGUUUGUGAGAUUUGUUUGUUUUUACCUCCUGUGAGUCGUCUUGGGCAAACCUGCCGUGGAUCAGUAUGUAGCGCCGCACAUAGGAUCUCUGGAACAUUCCAGCUACUGCCAUCUCGGUUGCUGUAAUCUGUCAGCUCUGAGCUGGUCUGGAUCCGACCAGGCCUUGAUCUGGACAUGCAUCGAAGCACUUUUGUUUUUUAGUUCCCACAACAAAUCCCCUCCCUUCCUCUUGCUACUCUUUUUUUUUUUUUUCUUUUUCUUUUAAUAUGAAUCAAGUCUUACUGUAUAUGUUGUACAUGGGGGAGAGCACAUUCAAACUUUGAACUCCGGUUUAAUUUCACAUUUCCUCAAACACACAUAAACCUAUAUAAUAACCCUCCCAUGGAUGACAAAAAAGGAAUUGGGGGUUAAAAAUGGAAUAAUGGUGAAAUAAACACGAGUGUUUUAGUUAAAAUAGACAAAAUGAGUUUUGAAUACGACGUCAGGCUCAAAGCUCUAAUGUAGAUCAUGGAAAGAAUCCAGCCACAUAACUUCUCUACCCCAACAUGAACUUUCUGAAGGCUUUGAGAAUGUAAACUUUUUUUUAAAAAUGAAUAACUAUAUAUAAAGAAAAACAACAUUUUUUACUGUUCACAGGAUAUUGCGAGAUAAUUUCCAUGUCUUGAGAACAUUACAAGAGCCUUUGGGCAUAAACAGCGCCGCUCAUGUUUUUCUAUCAUGUGAAUGACACAGUAUUUACAGUGUGAUAUUCCAUGUGCAGUUUUUAAUAUGUUGAUUUGUUUGCUUAGUCACAGGAUCUGCCCUGAGAAAUCCACAGCUGCCUAUUUUUAGUCUGUCCUCCCAUUGUGCAGGCAGUACAUUGAUUGAUCCCUUCAUGGAUAGUUUUGAUUUAAAAGCAGGCUGACUAUGUGUAUUUGAUUUGGCUGCUCAAAAUAGGCACAUUUACAGUCCAUCCCUUCAGUUAGAUUAACACACUCCUGAGUAGAAAGAUUGGAUGUUUGCACAUGAUGUACUUCAUAGGGUCAUUGCUAAGCAUUUCAGGCAAGCAGAAGUCUGUUUCAGCGAAACUGUUUUUUUUCUUCUUGCCAGACUCUUAUCACAUGGUGUGUCUAUUUUAGUGUUUUUUUUUCUCACAUCUGUCCUUAUGUGACUCAAAUAAAACAAAUUGCUUGAACACCUUUUUUUCAUUUCUAAAAGGAAGCACAGUGAAGCACCGCUUAAAUACUGUAACUGCAUUAUUUCAGCAUUCAGGAUGAUUUUCAUUUUUUUGAGUUUAACAUUUUGGGUUGUCACAUUUAUUAACAAUUAGUUUAAUUUGCAAUAAAAGCAAUGCAAUACAACCCCGACAUUUGACGGUAUGCAUCAUCUUUUAUUGAUGAGCUGACUGGAGCGCCACCUGCUGGUGAGAAGCUGAAGGUGCAGUCUGAAGUAGGCAGCUGUUGAUUUCUCAGAGCGAUGUGUUUUUGGGCUUACAGUCAUUGUAAGUGCUUUUGUGUAUUUGGGAGCACAGUGAUGCCAGGCUCAUGUUGAGCCUCACAGCCAUUCCAACAACACACACAUUUUUAAAAUCCUGUCUUUGAUACCAGUAUACGGUCUGUGAACAAUGAUGGUCCAACAACAUAUGUGACAAUUACUGCUCAGCAGCAGCAGCAAUAAAAUCUGUGCUUUGUUUUUGCAACAAUUCAUAGCGUACUUGUGUAUAUGCCCCAUGGUGACUUGAGAUCUGGAGUCUAAUAUAAUUUUAAUACAUAAUAUGAGCCAAGGGAGUUGUGUCAAGUUGGAUUAAGACCUAGUAACGAGAAGCUUCUUUGAAACUUUGAUACCUGCGAGGCUCAGUGCAAUUAGACAGAUAAAAAGUGCAAUUACCCUUUUGUUGAUAUUCUAUUAUAUAGUUAUGUAAUGGUGUUUAAUGUCCAGGGUGUCUUCUGGUUAUAAAAUGAUUAUUUCUUCAUUUUGUGUUGUAUUUAUUUUAAAAAGUACAAUUUGUUCAUUUAAAAAAAAACAAAAAAAAAACCCUUUCAUUAGUAGUUUUAUGCAACUUACACUUUUUUUCUCCCAGGCAUAAAUGCCAGAACAUCACUUUCACUCUUGUUUUGCACUUCAGAUACCUUGAUUCCCAGAACUUAAUGUGAACAUCUGCUCCUCCAUCUUGCUUUUUAAAUUGCUUGAUACAUUUUGUUUUAAAUAUGCAGAAUAUAAACAUUUAACCGCAGCAUCAAAUUUAAACAUUCAAGUUUUUCACAUAAACAACAUGGGGUAUUUAGGCAUGUAGUUUCUUUGAGAUGAAAGGUUAAAGAUGUAGAUUGUGCUUCUUUUUUAUUUUCUACUCAUAGGAGCUGGCUCCUUUCAUGAAGUCUGAGACAGAAGUUUUGAGGCCACUUUAGGACAACUUUACAAGCAGGCAUGUUUGUCUCUGAUAGCAGCGUUUUUCUUUUCUUUUUUCUUAGUAUCUUAUCAUGAACGGAUUUCUUAAUUUUAUAAUCCCAUUGAGUAGCACAGCGACUGAGAAGUAAAGGUACUUUCUCUGCCUUGCUGUCCCAGUAUUUUAGGUCUAAGUCUCGAUUUUUCUGUCUGUCUUUACCCUGCCGCUUACAUUUUAUCGUGUCUGGGAAUAGUGUAACUUGCAUAAAGCUACAUUUGUUUACUACUGACUGGACUUGAACCUAUAUGACUGUUCCCCUGUCUUAUGAUAUCAUUCCACAAAUUUGUCUGUGAAUUUACUUUGGAAUAGUAAAUGUAAAGAAAUUGGUAAAAGUACUUAUGUUUUUAAAAGAAAUAUUGAUGUGUUUAAUUUGCCAUUAUCGAACAAAGUAUGUAGACUUAAAGAACCAAAUAAAAAUUACGUUACUUUUAA